AUCCCGGAUUAACAGGCGAAUGGGGCGAGCGGUGCUGGCAGGUGACUCAUCGCCGUUUGAGGGAUAUCUAUCGAAUAGCGGCCCGAGCAGGCCGUGGCUGGCAGCUCAAGGUCGCCUCAGCUCAGUCCGGCACCUGGUGGGCUGGGCUGAGCGGAGCCGCUAUCUGUUCGCGGGAGUCGUUGGCUCUUCCACUCGGAAGAGGCAUUGCGAUGGAGCAGCACACCAAGCGCAGGCUCACCAACAUCACCAUCGGUCUCCUCUUCCUCUUCAGCGGCAUCGAGUACGCUGUAAUACUUCCAACAAUCUGGGCAUAUCUUCAGACUCUUCAUGCUGAACCUUAUUUUCUGGGCCUGGGGCUAUCUGCAUUCAGUUUUAGUGGGCUGAUUGCAAGCCCCAUCUUUGGACGUGUGUCAGACAGAACACGGAGGACAAAAGCCAUCAUAUUAUUUGCUAAUUUAUUUGAGAUCGCAGGCAACUUUAUGUACUUCAUGGGAUAUUCAAAAUGGUUACUACUUGGUAGUCGGCUUGUAGCAGGCAUAGGUACAGGUGCUGGUGCAUGCAUUUUUGGAUACCUUACUCGUUCUACCACAACAGAGGAACGGGCUACAGUAUUUGCUGUUGUCAUGGCUGCACGACAGGCUGGGCUGCUGAUUGGACCAGGAUUUAAUUUAUUCCUAAGACUUUGCAACUUCAACCUGGGACCGUUUGAAGUGAAUAAAUACACAUCACCUGGGCUGUUCAUGUGUCUUAUGUGGAUCAUUCUUCAAGUGAUAAUAAUUUUUAUGUAUUAUGACCUUCCGUUGGUUCCCAAACACAAUUCUCAAAGAACACUUAUUUCAGCUAAGGAGGAAGAAGAACCUUUGGUUCAUGAUGAUGAUGAUGAUGACGUGAACUAUGCAGCUGCAGGGAACAAUCGGUAUGGUAGCAUUAAUGAAAAUGAAAAAUUAUGUGUUCCAUCAACUAAUGAAAUGGAUGGUGAAAAUAGCACAGUAGAUGAGUAUCAGUAUAUCCCUAAUGGACACAUUGAUGAAGAUUACAAAACGAAUGAUAAUCCAUUCCACAAUUUUAGUGCCACUAAAGAGUACCUACGAGAGGAAGUUGUGGUUGUCCUUACUGCACAAUUCAUUACACUAUUCAAUCAGACUGCUUUAGAGACAAUGGUUACUCCUAUUACACAAAAGUAUUUUAACUUUGGGGAAUUGGAGAACAGUUUGAUGUACUGUAUAUGUGGUGUAGAGGUAAUAAUUGGAUUCUUUCUUGUGAGAUGGCUAAGUACUAAGUUUACAGAUCGAGUAAUCCUGGCAGUGGGUCUUGUCAUAUGCAAUAUUUCUUGCAUUUGGUGUUUAAUCUUCCUGGCAAAUCCAAAAGGGAGCUUUGCCAUCUUGCUUUCAGAGUUUGUGGUAGGUGUGUUUCUCCAAAUUCUGGGGUUGCCAUUUGUUGCUGUUUCUCAAGUAUCGUUGUUUUCAAAAGUUACAGCAGAGAAAACACAAGGAUUCAGUCAAGGAUUCCGUCGGUCAAUUGGUGGACUUGCCACUAUAUUGGGCCCCAUGUGGGCAGGAGGAUUAACUAAUAAUCUUUAUAUAAUGUUAGGAGUCAUGAUGGGUCUACUGACGCUUCUGACUAUAAUGAUGAUAUUAUCAUACAGCUAUUUGAUUGAACCUCCCCCAACCCUGAUUUCAACUGUGACCAGAAAUGUGGAUGAUGAUUGCUGAAAGUGGAUAUGGAUCCAGCAGAAAAUUACAAGAUCUCCAGUCAAUGUUGCUAUUAUGAGUCUUCAAGCAUCAUCUAACAUGUACACUUACCAUAUUUAAUGUGAACACUUCUGUUCAGUAUAUUUUUUGUAUAUUUUGGCAACUGUAAAAAUCAAAUGACUUUCUUUACAGUAAUAAAGAGAUCAGGUAGCCAAUAGAAAAAUAACAUAAAAUGUGAACAAAUGAAUGCAAUGUUUGCUCCAGGUCCUAAUGAAUAUAUAUAAAUAUUUAAUGUACACAUCCUAAAAAUUAUAUUUUAAAUUACAGACCAUAUCGUGUGUACAUUUGCUAAUAAAUCACUGUUAAAUAAGCCAAAUUUUUAAGAUAAAAACACAUUUUCUGUAUUGUCAGACUUGGACCUAUAAAUCAAUAAUUAAUGUUAUAAAACUAAAGAAAACAUGAUUGUGAUGAAUGUUGUCACAAUGUGAAACUAUAUACUUUUCAUAAUUUAUUUAGUGAUGUAUGUUUUGUAUUGAAGCUUGGCAUAGCUGUGUUAAAGCCAGUAAUAAAUGAUUAAGUAAUUUA